AUGCUGGAGCAGAUCGAGCACAUGUUCAGCCAGGAUAUCGGGCUUGAUGAGUACCUGCCUGGCACCCCGCACAAGGAGUACUGGAACUUCCACAACCUCGCCGAUGACUUCCCUUAUCAUAUGGUGGGCCACAGUAACUUAUCAGCGGCGGCGGAGCAGCGACGAGGCUGCACAGCAGAGGAGCGGCUCUUUCGAGAGCACGAAGCCGUGCGUCGGCGCCAGUUCCCAUCGUGCUUUGAGGAGGCCUGCGCCUUCGGCAACCUGCAGGCCGCCAUAUUGAUGUGGUCUCAGGGUACCGUCGACAUCCCCACACGGCGGGCGAUGUACGAGGGCAACAGCGCCUCCGCCCUCAUGUGGGCCGCCUUCAAGGGACACCUGCCGAUUGUUCGGUUCCUCGUAGACCACGACGCGCCGCUGGAGGCCGUCAACGCGCUCGGCCACACGGCACUCCAGUGGGCCAUCACCGGCGGGCACACCGACGUCGUUCGUUACCUUCUUGACCACGGUGCCGACCCGAGUCACUGCGAUCGGCAGGGCUUCGACGCCGCCUUCACGGCCGUGCAGAGCGGCCACCUUGCGCUGCUGCUCAUGCUCACCGAGGACGCGGCGCGCGAAGGCCAUCUCCUGCAGACCAGCGAUCACGGUCUCGUGUUCUACAAGCCGUCCGCGGAGCAGCAGGCGCACGCCGCCACGUGUGUGAACCCGCGCACGAAGAAGCUGUACUACCUGCUGAACCCCCUGCAGCGCGAUGUGGAGGGGCACACGCUCAUGCACUGGGCCGCCUACCGCAACUCUCCUGCGACGUGUCAGUACCUGUUAGACCAUUGGAGCUAUGACGUGGAUACGCAGGACAGUCAUGGCCGCACACCGCUGGUGUGGGCCGCGCGCGAGGGCUUCUCUGAGGUGAUGGAGCUGCUGCUCAGCCGCGGCGCCAACCGUCACAUCGCAGACAGCGACGGCUGGACGGCACUGCAGCACGCCCGCGUCCGCAAUCAUCUCGAGGCUGUCUAUGUGCUGAACUCGUACCCCGUGUCGAGUCUGACAGCUACCACGACUACGUCCACCUCCGAUAACGCACUCUCUGACCACAACCUCAGUGAGUUGGCGGACUCGGCGAAAGCAGCGCUGCUGGCGGUGUCCGCAGAAACCAACAGAAACAGCGCCAGCAGCGGUCGGUACGUGUGCGUGCGGGACUGCCGCGCCGCCGGCACACUACGCAUGAUCCGCACGAACACCACCUUCGCCAUGAUGGCCAUCGCCGGCCCUGUGUACCUGGCUCUCAGCCUCCUUGUGAUGACGGUGCUGCCACCCACUGCGAGCUACUUGCCGUUUGGGGCACUCUUCUUCAAGAACGUUCUGUGGUCCAUGAUGGUGCCCCGUCCGACGCAGAGCAGCCGCAGCGGGCCGCCGCCCUCCAUGAUCAAGCGCAUCGGCAUUCCGAGGAGCAUUGCAGAGGCGGUGCGCGGCACGUGGCGCUUCCGCUUGCGCGACCCGAUAAACUUGUUCAUCUGGCUCACCCUCCCAGUCAUUCAGGUGUGGGCGUGGAACAGCCUGCAGCUGGUGCCGCUCUUCUCCCUCUCCGGCCGUGACGCCGCCGUCGGUACAGAGCGGCAGCCCCUUAUCCACUAUUUUGGUCUUUCUCUCGUCCGCCUCCUCACGUUCCGGUCGAGCCCGCUGGACCAGCUCCAGGAUGACAACGUCGCCGCCACUCCAGCCUUCGUGGCUGCCGAGCAGGCGUACAUGGCGCAGUCGAACAGCCUCGUGCGUUGGGUGCUCACGCUGCUCCUGCUCAUCUCUGUGGCAUGCGCGGUGCUGUGCAAGCUGCUCGCCGGCCGGUCGAUAAUGCGUGCGUCGGAGGAGGGCACGCUGCGCACGUCUCCGAUCUGGCGCAUCCUCGCGUCGCGGCAGUACCGCUGGCUGCAUCCACGCUUCUUCUUCCAGGAGCGCCACAUGCAAAUACCGCUGCGCGCCUUCUACUGUCGUGAGCGCGACGUCAUCGUGCGGGGCUACGACAGCCACUCGAGUCUACUGGACACCCCGAUCGGACGCUCGAACCACCUCCUGUUCGUGCUCUCGUUGACGUGCUUUGCGCUGUUUGAGCUGCUGGUAAUGGUGUGGGGAAUUCAGCAAACGACGGUGCUGCUGCGCUGUCCUGACCGCAUGCCGUGGUACCAUGACGCCUUCUUUGCCUUUCAGACCACCGAGGCGAUGGCCACAGCGAUGCGCCGCUCUAAAUCGUCCACGUCAUCAACGCCUACGGCUGCUGCGAUGGGGGCAAUGUCGAUGACCACGUGGAGCAGCGCAAACUCACAGUCAGUGGCGCCGUCCGUGUUGGCUGCCGCGGCGCCUGUCUUGAGCUUCGCCUGGGUAAACACAGCGAUGGAAGUCCUGCUGCACGGGCUACCGUGCCGCCAGUACGCCGUCCUAGACAAGAUUACGAUGGACUACCUCAACUCAGUAGCCGCGUUCACCGCCGCCGAGCACAAGCCGUUCAGGCUUGUCAGCUACGCGCACCGCAGUCUCUUUCUCUUCCGCUACUACCUCUGGCCAACGCGUGCCUCGACGCUCGGCGUGUGGGUGCUGCACUGCAGUGCCAUCUCCGCCCUCUUGAUUGGCUAUGCUGCCGUACGCCAGUGGAUCGGUGUCUGGCGCGGCGCCACACGCAUGGAGCUGGCAAACCCGCUCGGACAGGGCAGUGAUGGCGAGCUGGUGUCGAUCUUCCCCAGGGACGCACAAAAUGCCCAGCGCGUUGUGCCCAUCGACGACGACGAGGAACGCUACUACGCGGCCGUGUGUCCAUCCAAGGCCCGCUACAUGACCACCGGGAGAGCAGCAGCGGCGGCGGCGGGUCGCGGUCGGUGUAUAUAUGCAGAAGGCAACGGCGUCGUCAACAUCCUCGCCUUCCUGCUGGGCCGGAACGGGAAGCGCUGGCUGGGUGCCAUGACUGUGUCAUCCCACAACGCCCCGGUGAAAACGCCCAUGCUGUCAUGCGCAUGA